AUGGUGUGUACCCACCAACGAUUCAAACGUAAUGGCUCGGAACUAACUUUUGUAAGCUUGGAAAACUUGAUCCCAAAAGAGGAAUGUAAAAAUGAAUUGGAGGCACGUGAUUAUGAGGCUAAGUUUAGGAACAACGAGAAACCUCUGCAUGUGAGCUACCUUGUGAGGAAAGAGGAGUUCCAAGGAUUGAUCGUUAUUGUCAUGCAUGGAGGAGAUUAUAACUCACCGGACUUCUUGCUCUCUCCCUUUUUCGGGAUCAAUCGACCUUUCUCCGCCGACUCCUUAUUCUCUCUCUCCUCCCGAGUCACCGGCGCCAGACCACCACUGCUUUCCUCUCCGCCGACUCCACAACGAAGAGAAGCCACAAUAUCGCCGGCCGCUGCCUUCCUGCAUACUCCGAUGAAGAAAACAGGUACUCUGUUGGAGAACGUCCUACGGGUACAAGAAACCUACGGUAAUGACGCUUCAUCAGUCGACCAACUUGUCGACCGCCUCCGCACCACUUUUCCCAAAUACCGUCUUUACAAGCUCCAACCUUUCACCAGAAAGGUGAAACAAACCCUCGCUUCCAGCAACAUAACAGGAAAGAAAAGACGAAUUGAGUUACAUGAAUCAGAGUCUUCAUCCUCGGAAUCGCAAUCAGAUGAUGGCGACGAAGAAGAUAGAAGUCCAGUUUUGACAUCUGAGGAUGAUGUAUAUAGCCUGAAAUCAGAACCGGAGUUUGAUUUAACAAAGUCGAGACUUAGAAACACGUACAGAAAGGAAACCAAAACGGUUGGUUCAAUGAAAGAAUAUACAUAUAGACGUGUUAAGGCACAAAAACGGAGCAACUUAUCAAAUGAUGUUGAUGCGAAUGGAAGACACAAUGAUGAUGGUGUUGAUGCGAAUGGAAGACACAACGAUGGGCCAAGGGUUAAGGACUUUGGUGGAAUGGAUGAUGUGAUAAAUAUGUUGAAGAAACAGGUGAUUAUUCCUUUAUAUCAUCCAGAGUUACCUCGUAGGCAUGGAGUUAGGCCAACGGUUGGCAUUUUGUUACAUGGUCCGCCAGGGUGUGGAAAGUCAACGCUAGCUCGAGCCAUUGCUAUCGAGACUGGAUUUCCAUUCUAUGAGGUUGCAGCCAGUGAGAUGGUCUCUGGUAUAUCAGGUGCAUCAGAAGAGAACAUACGAGAGCUAUUUUCAAAAGCAUACAGAACAACACCAUCUAUAGUUUUCAUCGACGAAAUCGAUGCAAUUGCUUCAAAAAGAGAAAAUCAUCAAACAAAAAUGGAAAGCCGGAUUGUGACACAAUUAUUGGCAUGCAUGGAUCAAUCCCACAGAGGUGUAAAACAAGGAUACGUCUUAGUAAUUGGUGCUACUAACAGACCUGAUGUUCUUGACCCAGCAUUAAGAAGGACUGGAAGGUUUGAUCGUGAGAUUGCUUUAGGUGUCCCAGAUGAAAAAGCAAGAUUGCAGAUUCUUAAAGUUGUUACACGUGAUUUGAGAGUGUCAGGUGAUCUUGAUCUAGUGAAAGUUUCUAGGGCGACUUCAGGGUAUGUUGGUGCUGAUUUGGAAGGACUGGUGACUGAAGCUGGGAGUCUUGCUAUGGCAAGAGUCAUAGAUGAAAGAGAGUUGGAACUUUGUAAAGGAAGUGAGAAAAAUGAACGUUGGUGGGAGAAAGGGUGGUCUGUUGAGGAAUUAGAGAAACUUGAAGGCGUGAGAAUGUUGGAUUUUGAGGUAGCAAUAAAAAAUGUUAUCGCGUCUUCCAAAAGAGAAGGUUUUUCUAUGAUUCCAAAUGUUAAAUGGGAAGAUGUUGGAGGUCUUGAUACUUUGAGAAGGGAGUUUAACCGUAAUAUAAUUGGGCCUAUAAAAUUUCCUGACGAGUUUGAUCAGAAAUGUGGACUUGAUAUGGAGAUGGGGUUUUUGCUAUAUGGACCACCUGGUUGUGGGAAAACAUUAAUUGCCCAAGCUGUUGCUAAUGAAUCAGGAGCAAAUUUCAUAUACGUUAAGGGUCCUGAGCUUUUGAGCAAAUAUGUUGGUGAGGCUGAAUCGGCAAUUCGAACAAUAUUCAGUCGUGCAAGGACGUGUUCCCCAUGCAUAGUGUUCUUCGAUGAGAUAGAUGCUCUGACAACAAACCGUGGAAAAGAAGGGGGACACGUGGUCCAGGGAGUUGUGACUCAGCUUUUGGUAGAGCUAGAUGGUGUUGACCAACGAAAGGGCGUUUAUGUAAUUGGUGCUACAAACAGGCCUGAGAUGGUGGACAAGGCACUCUUACGACCCAAAAGAAUGGAGAAGCUUGUGUAUGUGCCUCUGCCAAAUCCAGAUGAACGUGGGUUGAUCUUGAAAGCUCUUGCUAGGAAUAAGCCAAUAGAUGCUGACGUGGACUUGAUUGCUAUUGGUCAGAGUGAGGCUUGUGCAAAUUUUAGUGGAGCCGAUCUUUUUGCAUUGAUGAAAGAAGCUAUCAUGAUUGUUCGUGAAGAGAGAUUUAACAUAAUGCAAGCUGCAAAAGCUAGAGAUGAACCAAAAAGCUCAUUACGUGGGUUGCCACAUACUAUUAAAGCUAUACAUUUUGAGCAAGCUUUGGGAAAAAUCUCCCCUUCUGUCUCAGAUAAGCAAAUACAAUAUUUACAUCGACUAUCAAAGACGUUUGGAGCAUCGUAA